CGGCUCGGCCGCUCCCGGAGCCGCAACGCAGAUGAGCGCUGCGGGCGACUCUGCAGGUACUGAAUGGCUGAGCUGCAGCUGGCUUUGUUUCCGUAUGUGGAUUCUGUGGUGGCAGCUGCUAAGCUCUCAGUGACAGACAGUUAUGAUUCUGAAGUCUCAGUACAUCAGUCCCCUCUGGAACACCUAGAAAACAGUUGUCAGCAUGAAUUCACAUCAGACAAAGAGGAAAGCCUGAAAAAUCCCCGUGCCCGAAAGAGCCAAAGCUAUUCAUAUCCUCUUUCUGCAGAAAGCAAUAAGCACAGCUCCCAGCAUGGAGGCUCCAGCUCAUCUGGACUGCAAAACAAGCAUCUUGCCAGCCAGGUUAAGACUCUGCCCUCUAAAUCAUUAGCCAAACGGAAAGAAGGAGUGGAUCGUUCAUGUCCUCUGAAACCAAUUUUUCAGCACAACACUGGGAGCCUUCCUGCAGUCAAUACAGGACAGCUCGGAAGUUCCCCAUACAUGGAGGAGGCUCUAAAUAGUAGGACUAGCACAAAGAGCAAAGGAAGGCAUCUGCCGGGGAAGCCUCAGCUAGCUGCAGUGCUCCCUCCUUGGACAGCAGAGCCUAAACAGUCAGAUUCCUCUCUAUACAGGAGAGAUCUGGCUUAUAUCCUAAGGCUGGAGGCAGAGGGACGGUCCCUGGAAGAGGAAAUCCGAAAGAAAGAGGCUCUUCUCAGAGAGAAGCUGAGGAGAACAAAGGAGGAGCUUAGGAGGAUUCAACGAGAGAAGGAACUGAUGGAGGCAGAGGAGAGAAGAGCCAGAGCAAUGGAGAGGACUCGCAGGCGAAAGGCCAUGUGGCACCCUGGAGAGGAAAGUAUAAGAUUUACCAUCAGGACGGGUGAUGGGGAUUUUAGUGGGGUGCAGUCUGCAGAGGUCACUGUCCCGAAGACAGGCACUACUCUCCAUCCCCAAGAACUGGCUAUGGGGAAACUGAAGAAGGAACGGUUGGUGGCCAGCAACAACAAAAUUCGAGACCGCAUACCGGUGCAGAGUUUAGCCUCAUGCUCAGAGCCGGACUUAAAACAUGGCCCUUCUUCCUCUGUUCUCUCAGACUGUGGUGGCAGCAUGCCUGCAGAGAUGCUGUACAUGCAGGCUGCCAGCCCCACAGAAAAGGGGGAGCUUGGACAGUGCAGCUUCUGUGGCCGCAAGUUUCUCUGCACCAGGCUCAAGAAACACAUGAAUAUCUGCAGCAAGAGCCAAGGCUCUAAAAGGAAAACAUUUGACUCCAGCAAGGCCAGAGCCAGGGGCACAGACCUGGAAGAGUUUCAGCAGCGGAAGAGCUCAGAGAGACCUCAGAAUAAGCCACCCAGAAGAAACAACUGGAGGCAGAACCAUGAGGCUUUCAUCCAGACCUUGCGCCAUGCCCGGCAGGUGCAGCAAGUGCUGUCCAAGGGAGGGAAGGUACCUGACCUGCCUCCGCUGCCUCCCAUUGAAAAUCCAGACUACACUGCCUGCCCCUACUGCAGACGCCGCUUUGCACCCCAAGUAGCUGAGACACACAUUCCCAAAUGCAAAAACAUCAAGAAUAGACCCCCAUUUCCCCCACAGAGGAAACGCUGAUAAGGCAGCUUUCUUUGUUCUCCACACUGGCUGUGUUGAGCAAGAUUUACAAUAAGCAAUCAGUUCAGGACAUAGUGGCAGAAUAUAAGUUUGUACACUUAAAUCUGUGUGCUGGAGUGUGAUGCCCUUCUGAGGGCCACCUUCUCCCAGCAGGUGAGCUCAACAGCAAGACCCAGUCUACACUGUAAGGAUGUCACUGUUCAGUCCGUUGAGCAGGAAAGAAAGGUUGUUGCUACAGGCUGACAGCAUGAAGCAAAAGAGCAAACCAGCCAUCAGAAAAAUCCUUAAGAAUCAUUUUUUUCUUGUAGGCUGCGGAGACUUAACCUUUUUUCAUUGAAAAUAGCUUUCCUGAUGUAGAGAUAACUGCUCUCCUUUAGCUCAUCACUGGCUGCAGACAUUUAUUUUUCUUCCAUAAAAGAAAAAAGGAGUGCUGUGCAAGAGAGAAACAGCUGGGCCAAAGAGAGCAUCUGCCUUUUGUAUGCUUUGUUGCUCUGUAAAUGCAGGUGUUCACUUCUGAAUGUAUUAACAGCAACAGUGGUUCUGGCUGCCAUAGUCUUUCUAUUUUAAUUACCUACAAGAACUGGGAGGUGUGGAGUUCCCUUUUUUUUUUUUUUUUUUUUUUUGCUAUAGAAUGGUCUCUGCAUUCUAUAGUGCAAUCUAGCAUUUAGGGCUUUUGGGAAGCACCAUACACAGGCUGCUGUGUUUACCCUCCUCUGUCUAUGAGAGACAACAGGAUCCAGAGCUACUUGUCGAUGAUUUCUUUCGCUUUUUCUCACUUGUUGAAGUGCUGAUCAGUUGAAUAAUAAAAGUUGCAAAGGCAGGCUUAUUUUGCACUUGUUCUGCAUCAGCCCAAGAGUUUUACUCAGAUGAUUUUCUGGAACAUUAAUGACAAUCCUGGGACCAUUUCUUACCAGCAGAAGAGCAUAACAUACUACCACUUAGAAAUUUGGCAUCGUGUCGACAUAAAAACUGAUGAUGUUAUUUAAUUAGGAGAAUUGGAAGCUAUAUAAUGAAAUACUUCCUCAACACGUGAACCUCAGGCUCAGAAAUUCAUGGGGGUAGAAGAGCUUAUGUGCAGGUCUGUAUGCCAAUUCACGUACAUAGGACAGCAGAGGUACUCUGAACAGGCCAGGCCCUUCAGGCAGCAGAACAGCCAUGUCCAAGCGAUUACUUACUAUGUACAAUAACUGGAAAAGUCUUGGGAAAGAGGAGAAGAAUAAACAUUCAAUUAAAGAAUAAUGCCACACAAGAUGAAAAAAUAGGCCACGAAUAAGCUUAGACUGGAAAUUAGCUUUCUAAUCAGGAGAAGAGUGAGGUCAUGGAAAAAUCUUCCAACUAGGUUAGCAGAGGCAAGGAACCUACACUGUUUCAAGAUGGACUUUGAGAAAAUCACAGAAGGGACUGUACUGCAGGAGUCAGAAACAAAUGCUCUGUAUCACAGUUCAUUUCCAUCUUCAGGAUGGAAGAUAGGCUUGUGAUAAAAAGUGCAAAUAACACACCAGCUAUAGUUCUGUACUUCAGUGCAUCACUGUCAGGAGCAGAGACGGAAUUUCCACCUCCCCCUGAUUCCUAACGUACCUUCUAAUUACUUUCCAUCUAAAACAUUCAAGAACAGCUAACAACAAAUACAAUAAUAAAAUAACCAAGCAAAAUACUAAGGAACUUCACAACAGGCAGUGUAACAGGUAAAUCAACAACUAGAUUUAAUAUUAAAAAGAUGGAGAUUUUCUGCAGGCCAAGGUAAUAGGGGCCUCUGAAACACAGGGCUUUAACCCUUCUUUAAGUCAGAUGACUUACUUGUUUCCAUUUUGGAUGCUGCAAUUGUAAGGCAUCAUGACAAAAUUAUGCCCCUUCUUGAGGGAGGUGCAAGGGAGUUGUUGGUUAUUUUGGCCUUAUGCUGGAGGGCUUAGUUUGUCACACAUGAUUAAAGGGUCUUUAGGGGGAAUAGAUGUCCUACAGACUUACAAAAAGGCAUCUGCUCCAAGCUGGUAACAGUUGCUGCAUAGUUGUCUAUUUUUUCAGAUUCUGAUUUUCUGACUAGUCUAAUAUUAGACUAUUUCUGUUUUGUAAAAAGUUGUUUUAAAUGGUCACAGAGUGUUUUUUGUUCUCAAAGUAAGAACGACUACUUUGUAUGAGAAAGUUGCAACAGGAAGCAAACAAGGAACAAAAAAAGUUCCAGCAGCUCCUUUUGCAAAUCCUUCAGCAAUGCAGCGCCAGCUCCUCACAGGAGCCUGAAGAAAAAAGAAGACAAAAAAACCCCCGAAAACCAACAGAUAAAAAGCAGCCAGAUUGAACUGGAUUAGUAAAAACCUGAAUCUGGAGAAACACUUCAGCCUGCAAUGGGUGGACCAGAUUCCUGAAAGAAGUUGGGAGUGCUUCUGACCUAUAGACAUGUGGGCAGGGAUCCCAAUUCUGUGGCACACCCUAGAGAAAAACAUGAAGGUCCCAGAAAGGGUCAGUACUGCUCUGUCAGCCAGGUAUGUAUAAGAACGUGCAAACCCAGAGAAAAGAGAAAAAGAGACUCAAAACAAGGGAAAAGACUUCACUGUAUGCAAACUGACUGGAAAAUAAGAUCAAUGCUUCAACUUCAGAACUUAUUAACAUAGGGUAUUAGAGGAUAGCAAGGGGCGACAAGAAAAGGGGUAGGAAAGGAAUAAACUGAAAGCUGUAUUCCCACAGUCUUGAAUUAAUGAAAGAUGUUACUGAAUU